UAUUGUUUGUAGCAUUCGAACUCUUAAAUCAUUCGACAAAAUCGAUAAUAUAUUUAAUAGUCCUUAUGGGUAUCACUUGGUAUGUCAUUGGGGUCACGCUUCUGGUGGGGACAGUAGCAUCAAAAGCAAUUUCGGAUCCCGCACCCCGUUUGAUCAACAGUACCAGAUUCAGUUUAGGAGAUCAUGAAUAUUACGUGGAAUUUAUUGAUAGUAGUUGGCAAGCAGCCCUCACUGCAUGCACCAGCCUAGGAUUUGAAGGUCUUGUUAAUUUCGAAUCACUAGAGGAAUGGGAAGCUGUUCGUGGAUUAUUAGAAGGGCCUGGUCAACACUUUUGGAUUGACGGAAUUAAUACAGGAUCAAACAACUGGAUAUGGACCAGUGGUGCAUUGAGAGGUCAACAACUCCCAGAUUGGGCACCUUGGAAGCCUGGUCAUCCAGUAAACGCUCUCACACACAGGGUAGCUGUUGAAUAUUUUAACGAAUUUGUGGCAAAUUGGACUACCAUCCCGGAUUCUGAGAGGCACAACUUUGUGUGCAAAAGGACGCUACCCGACGAUGUCCCAAUCCCCUGUUAUCAGACGAACGACUUGGUUAUUGUCCUCGACUCCUCUGCGAGCAUCACGGCCCCAAAUUAUGAAAUUGCAAAGGACUUUGUGGCAAAACUGGCUCUUGCUUAUCGAGAACAUGAAGAUAACAGAUUGGGUUUCGUUAUAUACUCGUAUUCAGCGAGUCAAAUUUUCGACCUAUUGAAUGGAAUGAGUCCAGGAGAAAUGAACACGACUAUUAGAGCAGCUCCGUAUGAAAGUGGAAACACCAACACCGCAGACGGAAUUAAUGUUGGGGGCAACAUAUUGCUCAGAAAUGCUAGGGACGUGCCAAUGAAUAUGGUUAUUCUAACGGAUGGGCAAUCAAUGAGUCCCAGCGACACCAAACUUGCUGCAGAGUGGGCAGUUUCCAAUGGAAUUAGAACCUUUGCUGUUGGAAUUACGAGUAGUAUAAAUGAACAGGAAUUGGAAGACAUUGCGGGCGGAAAUUUGGAUUCUGUUUUUCUUGCUCCUGAUUUUGACAAGCUUCUCAAUUUGUUGAGACCUGUGAGUCUUCGCGUUUGCAAAUAAACAAUUAUAAACUAUUAGAUUUUUGUAAUUUGGGAGCAUUUAAUUGUGUUGUGAAUAUUUACUUGUUGAAAUAAAUAUAUGCUCUGGAAAUUGAUAGUAUGUAUACCAAACACUUUGCCUGUUCUCGUUUACUCAUCUAAUGAAUAAAUAUAGUGUAAAAGAAUAA